GGAUCUAACAGCAGUGUGUCUUUUGCGAACUCGUGUGGUGGUGGUAUUCAGAGAGAGACCCAUUUACAAUGGUUACCAUAGUGGUUGCUUCGAAGAAGAAGAAGAAGAAGAAGUUGAAGAAGAAGUAGAAGAAGACGAAGAAGAAGAAGAAGGAGGAGGUGGUAGGGUGAGAGGGUGAUCGUCGUGGCGCUUAUACGAGUCGAGAAGAAGGGUCAUCUUUGUGCAUUGCAAGUAAAAGCAAAGUCUGCACCGGCAGUCGUCGCCCGUAGCUCGUGCGCACAGGCUCGUGUUCUCCUUUUAUCCCUUUUCUUGCCUUAUCAUCUAUAAUACACUUCGUGUCGUAUUCUAUUACUUUGUUUCUCAUUUAUUUUCUUAAUAUCGAUAAUAUUCGUAAUGUUCGUGUUAACGUGAAUUUGUAUUCCUUUAUCCGAGAAUAAAUGAUUCGUUCGGCGUCGUGCCGGAGUUUAAAGUGAAUGUUACACUCCGCGUAUCUCUAUACUUUCGUUCUUCAUUACGAUGUCACGAGAGGCCACCCCUUGCGCAAUGUUUCAAGUCUGAACGGUAAAUAGAAAGCUGAAAAUUAUCAGCUAUUGAAUGCUGAUUUGAAGAUUGUGUUAUAAUCUCAAGAGUCGUAUAAUAAAUCGAAUGUUACUAAAAUCUCAAAGAACAAGAAUGACACUAUAUUAUGUCGAUAAAAAAAUCGUAAAGAUAAACAUCGGUCGGGUGUAUUCCUGAUGCAAAUAAUACAAUUCGAUGCUAAAGGAUAGAAAGAAUAAUAAGGGCUCGAAAUUGUAUUUUUGAAAAUAAAAUAAUAUAUAUAGAUAUAUACAUAUUUAAGGGCGAUAUUUAAUUAUCGUCAUCGUCCGUGCUUUUUUAGACAAAAACCAUCCAUAUGUAUCAGUAAAAACUGAUAACGUAAUCGGAGUUCCGCCGUGUUGGCACAAAUUCGACGAUCAAUAAUAAUCAUCUGACUGUUGUUGGUCUAUUCGUUGAAUCCAGCAGAAACGAGGAAAAAGGAAAGGAGUGAGUGACGUAAGGCCACGUAGAAGGUCGUCCAAUUUAUAAAAAGAAAAUAACUUCGGAAAGGAUAAAGGUAAAAAAAAGCGGAAGGAAAAAUGGCAUACGACGACGUGAUACUCCGAAUGGGCGAAUUCGGUCGCUACCAACGUCGAGUUUAUUUGCUUCUUUGUCUUCCGGCGAUAUCCUGUGCAUUCCAUAAAUUAGCAGGUGUUUUUCUUGGGGCUAAACCAGAUGCCAGAUGUCUAUUGCCGCACGAGAGUAUGGAAAAUGCUACGUAUUAUCUACCUCAGGACGUGAUGAACUCCACUUAUCCUUGGGAUUACGAAGCAGAGAAUUGGUCGCAAUGUUUACGACGAGAUCCUAUAUUGGAUGGUAAUUUUCAAGCUAAGGAUAAUUGGCCGGUUCAAACGCCAAUAGGUUCACGCGAGUUGGCCAACGCCGAGGGUGUUAAACCUUGCGAAGGAUACGUUUACGAUAGGACAAAAUAUAAAAGUACCACCACUUCUGAGUGGAACUUGGUCUGCGAUAGAGCCUGGCUAAGGGCUACGGGGGACUCAUUGUUCAUGGUAGGAGUCAUGCUUGGCUCGAUGAUAUUUGGUGCUUUGUCCGAUAAGUAUGGACGUAGACCAAUUUUCUUCCUGUCUUUAGUCAUCCAGCUCGCCGGCGGUAUAUUGGUUGCGAUAGUUCCUGAGUUUAUUUCCUACGUAAUCUUCAGGUUGAUCGUUGGUUCGACCACCAGUGGAGUUUUUUUGGUGGCUUACGUAAUAGCUCUUGAGAUGGUUGGCCCAAAGAAACGUUUGGUAGCUGGUGUAGGUUGUCAAUUAUUCUUCACUACGGGUUACAUUCUUACGGCAGGKUUCGCUUAUAUGAUAAGAGAAUGGAGAAUGCUGCAGGUCGCCAUCACCAUUCCGAGUAUCGUAUUUCUGUUCUAUUGGUGGUUCAUUCCAGAGUCUGCUCGUUGGUUAUUGAUGAAAGGUCGUGCCGAAGAAGCUAAAGAUAUACUUCAAUGUGCAUCGAAGGAAAAUGGAAUGGAAAUUCCACGUGAAGCUCUAGAUACUCUUCUAAGCAAUAAUAGUGAAGAUAGUAUGCCUGAUUCAAAGAAGGCUUCUCUCUUUGAUCUUUUUCGAUAUCCGAAUUUAAGGCGAAAGAGUAUACUAUUGUUUUUUAAUUGGCUUGUAAAUAGUGGUACAUAUUAUGGAUUAUCUUGGCAUGCAUCCAAUCUUGGUGGAAACGAUUAUGUGAACUUUUUGAUAUCUGGCUUGGUAGAAGUACCUGCUUACACGUUUCUUAUUUUCACGUUAAAUCGAUGGGGCCGAAAAAUAAUUCUCUGUGGUUGCAUGUUGCUUUCCGGAUUGGCACUACUCGCCACAUUGUUCGUUCCUAUUGAUAAACCAUGGCUAGUAGUUUGUCUCGCUAUGAUUGGGAAACUUGCCAUCACGUCAUCGUACGGUGCAAUUUAUGUUUUUACGGCCGAACAAUUUCCAACUGUUAUCCGUAACGUAGGUCUUGGCGCUAGUUCGACUUUUGCUCGUAUCGGUGGUGUAAUAGCACCAUACGUAAAUCAUCUAUCGGAAAUAUGGACACCCUUGCCUUUGGUCAUUUUCGGAUCCUGUGCUCUCUUUGGUGGCAUGAUGUCACUGUUACUUCCAGAAACUUUAAACAAAAAACUUCCUGAAUCUAUCCAAGAUGGAGAAUUGUUUGGAAAGAAAGUUUCUAAAAAUAAGAAGAAGAAGCAGCAGCAUGACCUGGAACAAGGAAACGAAAUAGAUGUAAUAAAGCCAUUGAAACCACAAGAAAAUGGAGUGCAUGAAAAACAAAAUGGAUGACGUUAGUCUUAUUGAGGAAUGUCGGUUGUGCUGAAAAUAUUUAUCUGAUUCCUCUCCGAUUGUAAACUAGGCGUUCUCAUACGCGUGAUCCACGUGUAGUGUGCACACAUUAAAAGCGCACCAAAUUGAAAACGGAGCUCUCUUAAAUAACUCGAUUAACGAUAUUCGGCACAGAGAUCAAAUUAAAAAUCUUUUCCAAUUGUAAGCGAUAUAUAUAGUAUGGAAAACAAAUUCAAGGCCUUCGUAAAGAAAAAAAAAAGAGAGAGAGAAAGAGAGAUAGAAAGUGAGUGUUUAUUUUUAUACAAGAAUCUCAACACUUUUAAACAAAGAAAGAUUUCUGGUUUGAUCAAUUUGCACCGGGCUCACGGUGUUAGCCGCUAUUUGAUCAUUAUUUGAUCGUGGCUUAGUCUUAUUAACCUGAGCCUUGCUUAAAUAUUAUACAUCAGUAAAGAGAGAAGAAAGAACGUUCUCAAUUCUUGAAUACUGAAAGUAAAGAUGCAACAUAAGAUUUCUGCCAAUAUGCAUAUCAUUUACUAUAAUUCUGAAUGUCAUUUAUGUAUAAGUGCCCUUUUUUGUAAUUUUGUGCAAGAAAUAGAUAUCUAAUCAUACAAUUAUUAUAUCUAUACAUAUAUUAUAAGAUCUACGGAAUUUUAAUUUUUUUUUGUCGAAGAUAUUAUCAAUUCUUGGUUAUUAUUGCGAUAUUCGAUAAAUAGACACACGUAUAUUGUCAUAAUACAUUAAAGCUUGUCCAAAUUUAUAAUUAAUAAAAGACAAGAAAGAUAUUCAAUGGUUAUGCAAUUAGACAAUUACGUCAUAUUUUUAUAAAUUAUGCUUUUAGAUAAUAAAUGUCAUUUUACGACAUUGUAACGAUAUGAAUCCUUCUUUAUUUUUAAUUUAUUAAUAACGAAUUUUUUGAUAUGUCAAUCUUAAUAUUUAAAUAUUAUCUUUAUAUAAUUAUAUGAAGUAAUGCCUAUACGAAUUUUAUUCUAUUAAAAUUUUAUUAUUACUUGCUGCGCAUUUUUGUAUAUGAAAAAGUUAAAUGUAGAUUUAAAAAAAUUAAAUAAAAAAAAAUUCUGUGAUUUAUA